AUGGCGCAUCACAACCUUUUCUUGCGUAUCCUCUACAGGUCCCUGUACCUGUUCCUCUACGUCGUGCUUUGCGGCCUGCUUCUCAUUACGCCGAGCGACGCCAUCCAGCGAUCCGUGGUCAACAGGCAGUGGUACAACAUCUGGAUCAUCGCGUCGGGCUACGUCGUCACCGUCUUCAUCGUCGGCUUUGUCUACGUUGUGCGGCUGUACGUCAAUCGGACGGUGCUGGCGUCGAUCCCCAAGUCGUGGGUGCCCAUCGACAAGGGCGACGUCAAGGAGGCGGUUUAUAAGGUGAUUGGGGCUGGGCUGAGCAAGAGCUCGGCGAUUGCGUAUGCUGCGCGGCCAAGGGUUGACGAGGAGAUGAUGGGGGACGAUCAGGAUGAGGACGACUUGGAGGACGAAGCGCGCACGCGAACCAAACUGAUGGCGUGGAAGGAAGAAGCACUGGAACGAGACGAGCCGAUUCCCAUGCCGCCGCAUCGUCCCGUCUGGGGCGUCAUCGAACACUGCGGCUGGGCGUCUCCCAACUCGCCGGACCUUGCCAACCUGCAGUACGGCAAUGUCGUUGCUGAAGUUCCGAAUCUCAUAGAGGCGCAAGCGCUUCGACUUGCGCCGUCGGACCCGACCUCUCAAACCGACCCUCCGAUGCUGGAUCCCGAAGCUGCAGAAUUGUUGCAAAGACUCCCCAGCAUGAGUCUCCGAGACUACUUUGGCCAUUUGGCCAGUCUGGGUGUUGCCGUCAUGGACGAAACGGUGGCCGAAUUCCUGUCGAAAUACGAAAUCGCUCGUUUCUCCACGAAACCAAUCUCCAAUCCCGAGUUCCGCGAGCUGAUGCAUCUCUUUGCGGAAAUCUUGCGAUCGAUACAGCCUUUGGACCCCACGGUCCUGGAUCACCUAUAUGAAGAAGACGAAGAGGAGGGGGGGAGGAUGCAUAGGAUGGCGACACCAGAAAGCGACAUCGACAACGAUGCUCCUGCGGAGACGAUUCCGUCUACUCCAAGAACUAUAUCACGACCCUCCACGGCUAGUACUCAGCGCUCUGUUCAGAGACGGACAAGGCGGCGCACCAAUACAUAUCGUACGGCGCCGAGUACACCCGGCAGCAGAAGACACAUGGACAUGACAUCAGGCAGCGUCAGCACCAGUGGCUUUGCGCAGAUGCGACGCACUUACACCUCCAGCCAGCACUCAUCAGCCGCCAGCCUGCGAUCCAAGUCGUCGGAUGGCUCAGGAUCCGUCAUCCGUCUGGCAGACAGUGGGGACGCCAGUGAUCUGCCAUACAUUCUUUCCUUGACGGAAUCAACGGCGACGAGAUAUUGA